GAAAUCACCGAAGUUCAGCCAGGGUAAUAAUUGAAAUUAACAUUGAUAUAGCUGUUUUAAUCACUGAUUUGAAACUCCAUAUCAGCAUGUCUCAAGCCGUCAAGGAUUGUCUCAGUGGAACUGUUGGUGGUAUUGUUCAAGUUCUCACGGGUCAGCCUUUUGACACGGUGAAGGUCCGUUUACAAACACAAUCAACAGCAAAUCCUCUGUACACAGGUAUGAUGGAUUGUGUCAAUAAGACUCGUGCAAAGGAAGGGUUUGGUGGAUUUUAUAAGGGCACUAUGACCCCUUUAGUUGGUAUUGGUGCUUGUGUAUCUAUUCAAUUUGUCGUUCUUGAAGCUAUGAAACGUCAUUUCUCUGCCAUCAACGGAAGAAGUGAUUUUUUAACAAAUGGACAACUUUAUUUAGCGGGUGCAGCAAGUGGUGUUGCAAAUUCAUUUGUAUCAGGUCCUGUAGAGCAUAUCCGUACUAGACUUCAAGUUCAAACGGGAACAGGUUAUAGUGGUCCUAUUGAUUGUAUCCGCCAAAUUUACCGCUCUCAUGGUAUUUCUGGUAUCUAUAAAGGCCAAGCAGUGACAAUGGCUCGUGAAUUUCAAGGUUAUGGUGCUUAUUUUCUGGCCUAUGAAUAUCUUGUUCAAGAAGCUAUGAAAAAAGACAACUUACAGAAACGAUCAGACUUACCUACUUGGAAAGUAUGUGCUUUUGGUGGCGCCGCUGGUUAUGCUAUGUGGUUUACUAUCUACCCAAUCGAUGCAAUCAAAUCUAAAUUACAGACUGAUGGUUUCACUACGGAAACUAGAAAAUAUUCCUCUGCUUUAGAUUGUGCACGCAAAAUUUUUGCCACAGAGGGUGCAGCGGGUUUCUUUAGAGGUAUCGGACCUUGUUUGUUACGUGCUGCUCCGGUUAAUGCCGCAACUUUUAUGGGUUUCGAAAUGGCUAUGCGUGUUUUAAAAGACUAUUAAAGAGGAUUCCUAAAGUGCAUAGUGUAGUUAAAAAUAUGUACUUUUCCUUUAAGCCUUUCUCGUUAAAAAAAUGACAUAAAGUCACUAUUUAUUUGUAGUACGAUUGGACGUCAAUUCUGUAGUUUUCCAUUUAGAUCAAUCAUUUCUAGCAUGGCAUAUAUGCAUUUAACAACAAAGAAUAUACUUUAUAUAUGUGCUUCUUGUG